AUGACCCUAACCAAAAAACUACUGGAGGGGCUUGAUGGCACUAAUGAUGAAAAUGGAUUUCCUGUUAUUCAAGACGAAGAUUUUCAAGCUUCAGUUCCAAAUCCCCUUCUUGAUGGUAGCAAUUUAGUUUCAAACGAACUUACGCUGAUAUCAGUUAUUGUUAAAAGUGAUGUUUCAAAGUCUUCAUAUUAUCAUGGAAGUUCGGAGCUAUACCAGUUGCUGGAUUUACUUGUUAGAAGUUUUGAAAACAUCAUUGGUAAACACGAUGACCUAAUUAAAUAUCUAGUUACAAUGGAUAAGGAAGAGUCUUACUUACCUAUUUCAUUUACGUCCCACAAAAAAACAGUUGAAACGAUUAUGUCACUGGACUUCUGUUUAGCUAGUCAUUCUUUAGCUACCAGCUCGUUCAAUCUCCGAAAAAGACUUAUGGAGUUAGUCUUGGACUCGAAAAACAACAUUGAGAAGUUAACAAGUUUCAAUCAGAAUUUGUCUUUACUAGCCCGUCAGCUUAAUGAAGCUAGUAAUUUAUUAAAUGAUAACAUGGAUGGACCUUCCACUACAUGA